CUUUUGUGCAGAAAAAGUCAACGUUGUUUGCAAAGAAAGGAAAAGUGAAGUGCUUACCUUUCGUCGUCGUAUUGUUAGUCGUAGGCCAAAUUUUGCAGGGAUCGUUUCGUUGCUCUAUUUUACUACUUUGUUUCAACUUGUAUUGCCUAACAUUAUGUCUGGAUCUGUUCUUCGCUUUGCUAAGCUAUCGCAGAAUGCAAUGUGUCCUACACGAGGUUCGAAACUUGCUGCUGGUUACGAUCUGUACAGUGCCUAUGAUUAUGAAGUGCCAGCCAUGGGCAAGGUGAUAGCCAAAACUGAUAUCCAGAUUCAACUUCCUGAUGGGUGUUAUGGUCGGGUAGCUCCUAGAUCUGGUCUCGCUGCAAACCACCAUAUUAAUAUUGGAGCUGGAGUCAUUGAUCAAGAUUAUAGAGGUAAUGUUGGUGUGGUAAUGUUUAAUCACAGCCAAACACCUUUCAAAGUGAAUAAAGGUGAUCGUGUGGCUCAACUGAUCUGUGAACGCAUCCUCUACCCAGAGAUUGAAGAAGUUGAGUCCCUAGAUUCCACAGACAGGGGUGAAGGAGGAUUUGGCUCUACUGAAUUUAGUCCAAGGUCACAGUACCUUACGCUGCUAGCAUGCAAAGUGGACGUAAUUUCAAACUGCGCCGAUAAUCCUUAGUGGAAUAAAAUUUGA